UGUAAACACGGAAGUUGCGUUAAUGUAGCACUGGUGAAGUACUCACAUGCUGCAGAGACAUUCAACAACAACACUAGAAUCCCACACAAGUGUUUUUACACUCCUAGAAAGUUACUUGGAUAGUAAAUAUUCAUCAACCAGUUCACGUUGAUAGAUAAAGGAAUAUUUUUGCCGACAAAGCUUGUUCCAGUGUCGGAAAAUGCACGGCAGCUAACUCAUUUAAGUUAGCCAUUAUUAGCUAGCUAACUGUAAAGAAAUGUCUGAUAAAAAGGAGAAAACGUUCAAGUUUGUGAUCGUGGGAGGUGGUAUUGCGGGUGUGACAUGUGUCGAGCAGCUGUCAUCCCAGAUUCCCUCAUCUGAAGUGGCUCUGAUUACUGCAGGUCCGCACAUCAAGGCAGUGACAAACUACAAACAGGUGUCUAGGACGCUGGAAGAGUUUGACGUGGAGGAGAAACCGUCCAGUGUGUUGGAGGAGAAAUAUCCCAACCUUACAUUCAUUCAGUCUGGAGUCAAAGCACUGAAUACACAAUCACAUUUUGUGGAGACAACAGAUGGCCGAGUUUUUGGAUAUGAAAAGCUGUGUAUUUGCAGCGGGGGCAGACCUAAGCUCCUAACCCAGGACAACCCUUAUGUGCUGGGAAUUCGGGACACUGACAGUGCCCAGGAGUUUCAGAAGCGGCUAUGCAAAGCAAAGAGAAUCGUUGUUGUUGGAAAUGGAGGGAUUGCCCUGGAAUUAGUGUAUGAAGUGGAGGGUUGUGAGGUGAUCUGGGCUGUAAAAGAUAAGGCUAUAGGAAACACUUUCUUUGAUGCUGGAGCAGCACAGUUCCUCAUCCCAUCGCUGGAGGCUGACAAACCGGAGAAAACCGCUCCCUGUAAGAGACCUCGCUACACUACAGAAGAACCAGCACCUGGAGCAUCUCAGACCUUCACUGCAGACAGAAACCAGCGAGGACACGGAUCUGCCCCCACAGAGCCUGGAAGUGCACUCGGUCCAGACUGGCAUGAAGGAAUAGUUCUACGAGGAGCCGAGCAGGUGUCCCGCAGAGUUUCAGUGGAAUAUCAGUGUGAGGUGGAAAAGAUCUUCACCUCCGAGGAGCUGCUCAGUUCCCCACAACAGACACUUAGGCCUAAAACUGAAGGAUCCUGGCCUGUUUAUGUCCAGCUGACUAAUGGAAAGACAUUUGGCUGUGACUUUGUUGUCAGUGCCACUGGUGUUGUGCCAAACACUGAGCCAUUUCUCCAUGGGAAUAACUUUGCACUGGCUGAUGAUGGUGGUCUGCAAGUAAAUGACCAAAUGAUGACAUCAGUUCCAGACGUCUACGCUGCGGGGGAUGUGUGCACUGCAUGCUGGGAUCAUAGUCCACUGUGGCAGCAGAUGCGUUUGUGGACCCAGGCCCGUCAGAUGGGCUGGUACGCCGGUCGCUGCAUGGCGGCACAUGUCCUGUCAGAACAAAUAGAACUGGACUUCUGCUUCGAGCUCUUCUCACACAUCACCCGAUUCUUCAACUACAAGGUGGUCCUCUUGGGAAAGUUUAAUGGCCAGGGGUUGGGGCCUGACCAUGAGCUGCUGGUACGCUGCACCAAAGGCCAAGAAUAUGUCAAGGUUGUUUUAAGCGACGGUAGGAUGGUGGGAGCUGUGCUGAUUGGAGAAACGGACCUGGAGGAGACCUUUGAGAACCUCAUCCUCAAUCGGAUGGAUCUGACACCAUACGGCGAGGAUUUGCUCAACCCCGACAUUGACAUAGAAGACUACUUUGACUGAGAGUCUGUGACUGAGACAAUUAAGAACUAAAGACUCUAAGCCCAUACACAAUACUGAUGAAGACAUGUAAAAUUAAGGAAGAACCUCUGAAAGCAUACCUCAUUUGGUGUGUGUAAUAUUUUCUUUAUGGGAAACUGUUGUGUAAAACAGGGAGUGUGUCUUGGUUCCAGAUGCACUUAAAGAAAAUAUAUUUUUGCUUUUAAAUAAAUUAUUUCCGAAUGUA